AUGCAACCAUUUACACAAACUCAACCACAAUUUGAUCCAAAUUUUGAUCCUUUUGAUUUUGAUUCUCAACCAGAGUUUGCUCCACAAGCACAAUUACAACCACAAAUAUCCAUUUCCGAAUGUGAACCAGAAUUUGUUCCACAAACUCAACCUUCUCAACCAGGAAAUAAAAGAAAAGAGAAGGCGGAAUCUAAGCUGUGGGAACCUCAAGAAGUGUUAGUAUUAGCACAAUCAUGGAUUGACGUUUCAGAGGACGUGAAGAUGGGAAGGAACCAAAUACAUGAUCGUUUUUGGAUGCAAAUUAGAGCUAGAUUCCACAAAGGAAUGAACCUAGAACCAUAUCGUAAUAAACAUCAAGUGUACUCAAAAUGGGGAAAGAUAAACAAAAACUUCAUGUUGUUUAACGAUUUAUAUAACAUGAAACGGCAAUGGAAAAACUGCGAAAGUGAUGAAGUGAUUUUGGAGAAAGCCUUUAACAUUUAUCAAAAAGAGCAAAAGAAUACUUUCAAAUUUUUUGAAGUUUGGAAUCUACUCAAAGGCAACAAAAAAUGGCAAAAUCUAAAAACAAGCGACGAGCACAUCAAUAAUGGAUCAAAACAGUCAAGAACUUCUGAAUCCGAACACACUUCAUCAGAUGCUCGUGUUGGUUUCGACCUCAACAAGGAUGAGUCUGUUCAAGUGUCACCACCCCCAACCAAUGGGAAGGGACAAAACAAAAAACAAAGGCAAAGGAAAAGUAUAGAGAGUCGGAAACAAAGGGACAACAACCUGAGUGUGCUAUCGAUGGACACAUCGAAUUUGACCGGGGAUGCGCUUCAAGUUGUUUUGCAAAUAAAGGAAGACGUGAAAAAACGUUACACUAAUCUUGGUUAA